AAGAAGGACUACGAGCGCGAAUUGGCCAAGUUGCACCACGAGUUGGUCAAGUUGCAGCACUGGAUCAAGGAUCAGGGCUUGCGGGUCGUAAUUGUCUUUGAGGGGCGCGACACGGCUGGCAAAGGCGGGGUCAUCAAGCGCGUCACCGAGCCGCUCAAUCCGCGCGGCGCGCGCGUGGUGGCUUUGGGCACGCCGUCGGACCGCGAGCGCACCCAGUGGUACUUCCAGCGCUACGUGACCCACCUGCCGACCGCGGGCGAGAUCGUGGUCUUCGACCGCAGUUGGUACAACCGCAGCGGUGUCGAGCGGGUGUUAGGUUUUUGCACCGAGGAGGAGUAUUGGGAGUUUCUCCACUCGUGCCCGGAGUUUGAGCGCAUGCUAGUGCGCUCGGGGAUCAUCCUGCUCAAGUACUGGCUCUCGGUGAGUGAGGAAGAGCAAGAAAGCCGCUUUCAGGAGCGCGCCCGGAAUCCGCUCAAGCGCUGGAAGCUCAGCGAUAUAGACCUCAAGUCGCGGAACCUGUGGGUCGCGUACUCCAAGGCCAAAGACGAGGCGUUUUUCUACACAGACAUUCCCGAAGCGCCUUGGUACACGGUCGAAGCCGACGACAAGCGUCGGGCGCGUCUCAAUUGCAUUGCGCACAUCCUCAGCCAACUGCCCUACAAGGAUGUAAUGCCGCAAAAGGUCAAGCUACCGCCGCGCCCGCCCCACGGCGAGUACCAGCGCCCGCCGCAGAGCAAGUUGCACUUUGUCGAUGAGAAGUACUGA